CACAAAAGAAAACGACGGCAGAGAGUGGAAAAGCCGUACGCCUUUUUCAUUAAGCGCUCCUUUAGUCGGUCAAUACAAUCUUUCCGUGAAUCUCAGUGAAAAUCACGAAUUUUGUGCGAUUUCUAUCCUCAAAGUGCUAUAAUUCUAGUUUAAAAUUGCUACAGCUAGCAGGAUCAAUCGGUUUUCAGUGAAUUCGAGUGCUUGUGCGGUGCUUUUCAGUGCGAUUCUCUCAUUGAGUGCCUUUUUAUUUUCUCCUUUCGUUCUACUGCGGGCUGCACUGCAGUUAGUAUUUUUCCUUCGCUUUGGGUUUUUGUGCGUGUGUGUUUUGGUUUGACCAUUUUCAUCUCACCGAGCGAGUGUCUUGGCUGCCGUCUGUGGAACGAAAUAUAAAUAUACAUAUAUAAAUCAGUGCAAGUCGGUCAAAAACAAAUAGGAAUAUCUGUCGCUGCUACCUGUUAGCAUAUAAGAAUCGGAACGACGAACUUCUCGAUUUGGAUUCAGCCCAUCUCGUUUCGGCUCGGGUUACUCAUCGGCAGCUCCAUUUGGCUGUGAUUCGUUUUGUCCGCGCUGCUGCCCUUAUUGGUUCGCCAUAAAGCUGUGAUUUUUAUCUGCCACCUACUGGAACGUCAGGUCACUUCUCCCGCGACGUGCGAGAUGGCCAGCGAUGCUUGAGCGGAUCCGUAUCGGUGGUUUCAGCGGAACGUACAAAGUGAGAAGUGCAGAACUGGCGCGCGACAAGAAAACCCAAACCAAAGCGGUGACCGUACUUUUCCUCGAUGAAAGUACGUACACCUUCCAGCUAGACAAGAAGGCCAAGGGAGCGGAUCUGCUCGAGCUCGUCUUCCAGCAUCUGGAACUCUCCGAGCGGGACUAUUUCGGUCUCCAGUUCAAGUCAAAAUGUCGUGUCGGAGCGGACGGGAGUGGCAACAUCAGCAGCAGCAGCAACAACAACAACAACAAAACUGGCACCGCAUCGAGUGCGAGUGGCGGUAGCACUGGCACAUCGGAUGGGGCCAGCGUUCCCGUCCAGAGUGAAUCGGGCCGGUGGCUCGACCCGAACAAGCCGUUCCGCAAACAGUGGAGCGCUGUUCGGCUCUCGAGUGACAUCAUUCCAAUGCUAUCCUUCCGGGUGAAAUUCUACGUAACCGACCCGAGCCGACUGCACGAAGAGUACACGAGAUAUCAGUUCUAUCUGCAGAUAAAACGAGACAUAUUUCAGGGAAAACUGUCCGUCGGUCUGAACACCGCCUGUCUGCUCGCUAGUUACACAGUGCAGUCUGAACUAGGCGAUUAUAAUCCUUUGGAUCACACUCACGGCUAUCUCAACGAGAUGCAGCUACUACCCGAGCAGAAUGAAGAAAGCGAACGGCGAAUAUCGGAACUACACAAGCUCCACCGUGGGCAGCUACCAGCGGACGCCGAAUACAACUAUCUCGAACAUGCCAAGCGGUUGGAUAUGUACGGGAUCGAUUUCCACAGAGCAACGGAUUCUGCCGGCAAGGAGCUAAAUCUGGGCGUCUCCUCAAUCGGUUUACUAGUCUAUCAAAAUGGUAUUCGCAUCAAUACCUUCUCCUGGUCGAAGAUGGUGAAGGUGUCAUUCAAGCGGAAAGAUUUCUUCAUACAGCUGCUACGAGAACCGUCGGAAAGCUACGAUACACUGCUCGGGUUCAGUAUGGGCUCUCACCGUAACGCCAAAACACUGUGGAAAGCGUGUGUCGAAUACCACUCGUUCUUUAGACUGCAAAGACCGCACCGAUCACCCAGAUUCCUGCCAUUAACCUUAGGUUCUAAGUUCUAUUAUUCCGGCCGCACCGAGCUUCAAGCAGUCCAGGAAAGCAGACAACGAGGCAAGGUGACAAAAAUUUUCAUCCGCUCGCCUAGCAAGCGUCUAUUGAGUGCUUCACAACCACAUUCGCCGCUGUUGAACGGUUCCAGCAACGAUAGUACCAGCGGUAACGGUACCGUUAACAACAAAAAUCAACUGUCGCUGUUGUCGUUGACAAAGGCAACCCGAGCGUAUGACAAGGUUACCUCGAAGACUCCGUCGAUCCCGAGGAAGGCCUGGGAGCAACAGAGUGAUGACCCUACCUUCAUCGAGCACUGCGCUCGUACGUACGACGUUCCGAUUCCUGCCAUGUUCGAUUCGCCACCGGCUUACGACGGUAUUAACAAACCGGAAAACAAUGUCCCCAACGAGGAGGGCCUCGUUACGAUCCGUCUGGUGGCGGACGAUCAGGGCCGCUUUGGAUUCAAUGUGAAAGGUGGAGUGGAUCUAGGGCUCCCGGUGCAGGUCUCGCGGGUAGCACCACAUACCCCGGCGGACAAGAGUACCCCGCGUAUCUGCGAGGGUGACCAGCUGGUGCUGAUCAAUGGGUGCGAAGUGAGCACCAUGAUGCACGAACAGGUUGUGAAUUUGAUACGAGCAUCCCGACAGGGAGGCGAGCUUAUGCUUACACUGAAACCGAAUGCCUUAGUCGACUAUAUGGAGGAGGAACCACUGUAUCAGUACGUUCCGGAGGAGAACGAUAUCGUGCGAGGUGAACUGAACGGAGAUCAGCUGUUCACCCAAUCACUAUUGCUGCUCAGUGACGGGUUGGCAUCUGGUUCGCUGUUGGCUCAGUACGAGCAGCUGUAUCGGAAGAAUGCCGAUCUGGCGAUCACGGUGGCCAGGAAGAACGAAAACAUAGAGAAAAAUCGAUACAGGGAUGUUUCGCCUUACGACUGCACCCGUGUGGUACUGUUGAACGCGGAAAGCGGAGACUACAUCAACGCGAAUUACGUCAACAUGGAGAUACCCCCAACUGGUACAAUCAACCGAUACAUCGCCACCCAGGGUCCACUUUCCACAACGGUCAACGAUUUCUGGCGGAUGGUGCAGCAGGAGAGCAGCCAUUUGGUGGUGAUGCUGACCACGGUGAUGGAACGCGGCCGUCACAAAUGUCACCAGUAUUGGCCCUCGGCCGACAACGAACCACUGAUGCUUUCGCCAGGGUUCUCGAUCCGCUGUUUGACGGAGAAGGCGGACGAAACGGGCAGUUUUGUGUUUCGCGAUUUGCUACUAACCGAUGAGCGGACCAAGGAGACGAGGACGAUUCAACACAUGCAGUAUCUGGCCUGGCCGGAUCAUGGUGUUCCCGCAGAUCCGGAUUUGUUUUUGCAGUUCACGGAGAAAGUGCGUGCGGCGCGGAAUACCACUUUGCUGCAGGAAAUCGAAGCGAGCUUGAAACAUGUCAAGCUGAGAACAAUGGAUGAGAAUGGUGGGUUGGAUCUGUCGGAGCGACGCGUUAUUCACACCGAUAGUGACGAAAGCCCGAACGAUAUGCCUUCCUCUGCAUCGGUUCAUCAGUAUAUAAGCGCAGCUAACCCGCCAAUCAUUGUCCAUUGUUCCGCUGGAAUUGGCCGAACGGGCGUUCUAAUUCUAAUGGACACCGCAUUGGCGCUGAUGGAAAAUAAAGAGCCCGUCUAUCCGCUGGACAUUGUACAGGCAAUGCGCGAUCAGCGUGCUUGUAUGGUGCAGAAUGUGGGUCAAUAUCGCUUCGUUUGCGAGUGUAUAUGUGCAGCUUACAAGAAAAUGGUCACAAUGGAAGCGGCAGUGGAUACAACCACAACGGAUGUAGCCAAAUCCACUGUGACUUCGUCUGCACUGAAAUUCAUACCCGCAAACGGUGGUGGUGGAUCGGUUACAUCCUCCAGCGAUGAACAUUCUUCGUCGCCCCGCAAAGACACGAAAGGGGAACGCAGGGCACCUCUAGCGGUUGAGACGACAAGUCUCACGACAACUCCUACCACUACCAAUGUUACCCCCACUAAUAGCAAUGGUGCCCCUGCAGGAGGGGGUUGUGUGGACAGGUGAUUAGAAACGGUGGUCUAGGGGUAUCGUGCUUUUUUGUUCGAAAACAAACUGAGAUGCACACCACCUGGCAGCUACACAAAUUACUGGCGUAGGCUACGCCAGUGAGAAGAACUGAAAAUUUCAAACCUGGGAAUCAACACGACGAAGUAUAAUUUAUGUUUUUUUUUUCGAAGUAAUUUCAGUUUUCGAAAAUUCGAUUUCGUUUAAUAGGAAAUGAUUCGUUGUGUUUGCGUCCCUUUUGAAGAGAAGGCGUAUCGCUUUAUGAUUUUACCCACGAAACUUAUUAACUUUGUAUUUUUUGUCGCUUUAUAAACUUCUGCAGCUGCAUAUUUAUGAACAUUUAUAGUAUAUAGUUUCGCACAGUAACGCAAACAUCGUACAUAUUAUCUAUUAUAUCUAAAGUUUUACACGAUAUAUAUUCAUUUAGAGAGUGCUAUAAAUUUAACUUAUCGACAGUAGAUUAGUACUGAGUGACGACUAAAAACAAUUGAACCGUAUGAGCUAGUUAUGUAGAGCAGUGAAACGUGAACAAUACCUUCUACCGCGGCAUCGAUCCGAAAAUGAUUUCAAUCUAUUUCAUUGUAUACUACACCUUUCUGAACAGAUUUAAAUAAACGAAAAAUUUCAAAAACA